UUGGGAAAGAAAGGUGGGGGCAGUGUGAGAAGGGGAUGGAGUGCCUCCCCAGCCGGAAGGAACUGGCUGGCUGAAGGCAGGUCCUGUUCCUGUAGCUGACUACGUCCUGAAUCCCCAGGGGUUGGAGAGUAUCUUUCUGGCGCAGGCCUCAGAGAGGGCAAGGCACCCGCACAGGGUUGCACAGCCUGCCAGCCAGAGACUAAGAUCCUUAGCCACUGCCUGAGGGGGCUUGGACUUUAUCCUGCAGGCAUGGGGAGCCACCGAAGGUUUUUAAAAUAGGAUAGCAUGCGCAUUUUUAAAAAAGAGUUUUGUAUCUUUAGAAAGGAACUCCCAAAAUGGUUAAUACUUAAUUUGGGGGCCUGAAUCAGCAGCAGGGAAACGGGGUUUUGUGGAUGGGGGCAGAAAGGGACCCCCAAGGACCACUCAAGUCAAACUAUCCACGUGAGGAGGUUCUUGGCACCCCAUUCAGACCUGCCUGAGCUGGGGGCCCAGCCAGGGGACAUGGGGGGCCCCCAGCAGUGCCUCUGUUCUCCCCUGCUGGAGGGGGCCCCACUCCUGCCCUGGAGGUGCCACCGGUCUGGGCUAAGGAGGGGAGGCUGUGUGUCCUACAGAUGCCUUUGUUGGAGGGCGUCGACCCUGUGCCCCAAGGGAGGAGAGCCAGAGGAGGUGCUUUGUGGCAGCUCCAGACCAGGAAGGAGCCUCUGCCCUCCCCCUCCUGAGACAUUUCCUCCGGAUGAAAUCACAUCCCAGCAGGGGAACAGGCCCCCUUUGUGAAGGGCUGGGGUCUCAGAGAAAGGGUGCCUUUCAGGCCCUUAAAAAUAGCAGCCCUGAGAUUGAUGAGUCCGCAUGGAAUGGAGUGGCCCAGCCUCUCCCAGCAGCACGGGCCCUGUCACUCCCAUCCCACACCCCCGUGACCUGUUGUUGACCAGCUGGAGUAUCCACUAGCCCAGGCGGGGGAGGGGCGGCUGGUCCACCGGGGCUCUCAAGCUCGUCCUCUGCCUCACCCGCUCACUGGGCCUGUCCCUGGCAUUAUCCAGCACGUCUGGGGCCUCUGCAGACGUUCUCCCCUGCGGUCCUCACCAGAACUUUAGCAGGUGGGGUCAAGCGACAUUUUACAGAUGAGGAAACUGAGGCACAGCUAGUGAGUCACACGACCAGUGGGUGGUGGGGCCCAGCUUCGAAGCCAGGCAGCCUGGGCACCCAGCCCUGUGCCCAGGAUUCUGCAGUGGUGAGCUGGCCGCAGGGACAGGCUGGAGGAGCACCGUGUGGUGCAGUCAGCCCGAAGGAGCCCUGCCACGUGAUCUAGGUGGGCACUGGCCCCGAGCAUGGCUGCUGACCUCAGGCUGGUCGCCCCCUGAGCCUGGGCAGAGGCCACCACUGGCCGUAUCUCUGCGGCGUCUUGACACAUCUCGGGCUACGUCUGCACGGCCGGGAGCCAGGCUCUCCCCACUUGCCGCCAGAGAGCGGGGAGGGCAGGGCCGUGUGCACAGGCGGGGCUGUGUGUGCGCGUUUGCAGGUGUGAGGUGAAUGGCUCGUGUGAGUUGAAGGAGCGUUAGCCAGUCUAGACUCCCAGAAGUGAAGGGUGGGGAUGAGAGGCGGGUGCCCCUCGAGGUGAUUGGGGAGAGGGCCUUCCGCGGGGCGCACCUGAGAACAAGGUGUUCUGGGCGGGACCCUCGCCCCUCCAGCCCCUCUGGGACGGCACUCCCCUUCAGCCACCCCCGCGGGGGUCCCUCGGAUUAGUGCUUAGAGGGGAUUGGGAGCUGCCGCACCUGCUGGGACCGCCCCCCCCCCCCCCAGCCUGACCUCUCAGUCAUCCCGUUCGUGUGAGGAGGCCCCUGAGCCCAGUAUUUUUAAGGUGAGCCACCUGGAGACAGGGAGGGGCCAUAGAGAAGAAACGGGGGCUGAAACACCACUCUUGGCAGCUCUGCCCUGCCCCAGCCCGGCUCCCAACCCACGGUGUCCCAGCCCCUCCCGUCCCGGGCCGUCAGCUGCUGGUCGCUGGUCGGGGACUUGCACCCUGCUGGAGCCCCAGACCCCCGCCCCCGCCCGGCCACCCCUCCAAGCGGCUCCCGCGCUCUUCAUCCUUCUCCCCACUUCCCACAAUCCGCGCUCUGACUCCUCCUUGGAGAGAGUGGGAUGACAUCACUUCCUGAGGGGGGGAGGAGUAGGCACGACCCCGCCAGGCUAGCCCGCCAGGCCUCCAGCUUGCAGGGAGCAGCCUGGCUGCUGAAGUGGCUGCACCAGAGAGAGAGGGACCGAGACGGGCUGGCCUGGACAUGCCGGCUGGCCACCCGGCCCCAUGGCCCCUCGUCCGACCUGAGCGCCGUGCCCACCGGCCGGGGGAUACUUGGUCACUUGCUUCCCGAGUGAUGCUGGUCUCCGAGGACACUUGCUUUCCCCGGAGCCGUCACCGGGGAGAGGAGGACUUGCCGCCCACCUCUGGACCAGGUGCCAUGAGGUGAGCACCAGGCCCGCUGAGCCUCUGCAGAGCUGCCAGCCAUGCCCGGGAUUGUGGUUUUCCGGCGGCGCUGGUCUGUGGGCAGUGAUGACCUCGUCCUGCCAGCCAUCUUCCUUUUCCUCCUGCACACCACCUGGUUUGUGAUCCUGUCUGUGGUGCUCUUCGGCCUGGUCUACAACCCAAACGAGGCCUGCUCCCUCAACCUGGUGGACCACGGCCGCGGCUACCUAGGCAUCCUGCUGAGCUGCAUGAUCGCUGAGAUGGCCAUCAUCUGGCUGAGCAUGCGCGGGGGCAUCCUCUACACGGAGCCCCGCGAAUCCAUGCAGUACGUGCUCUACGUGCGCCUGGCCAUCCUGGUGAUCGAGUUCAUCUAUGCCAUCGUGGGUAUCGUCUGGCUCACUCAGUACUACACCUCCUGCAACGACCUCACUGCCAAGAAUGUCACCCUCGGGAUGGUCGUCUGCAACUGGGUGGUCAUCCUCAGUGUCUGCAUCACCGUCCUCUGCGUCUUCGACCCCACGGGCCGCACCUUUGUCAAGCUGAGAGCCACCAAGAGGCGGCAGCGCAACCUCCGGACCUACAACCUCCGGCAUCGCUUGGAGGAGGGUCAGGCCACCAGCUGGUCGCGCCGGCUCAAGGUGUUCCUGUGCUGCACUCGGACGAAGGACUCCCAGUCAGACGCCUACUCAGAAAUCGCCUACCUCUUUGCCGAGUUUUUCCGAGACCUCGACAUCGUGCCGUCCGACAUCAUUGCUGGCCUGGUGCUGCUUCGGCAGCGACAGCGGGCCAAGCGCAACGCCGUGCUGGACGAGGCGAACAAUGACAUUUUGACCUUCCUGUCUGGGAUGCCAGUGACCAGAAACACCAAGUAUCUCGACCUCAAGAACUCGCAAGAGAUGCUCCGCUACAAAGAGGUCUGUUACUACAUGCUCUUCGCCCUGGCCGCCUAUGGGUGGCCCAUGUACCUGAUGCGGAAGCCAGCCUGUGGCCUCUGCCGCCUGGCGCGGUCCUGCUCGUGCUGCCUGUGCCCCGCGCGGCCCCGCUUUGCCCCAGGAGUCACCAUCGAGGAGGACAACUGCUGUGGCUGCAAUGCCAUUGCCAUCCGGCGCCACUUCCUGGACGAGAACAUGACCGCGGUGGACAUCGUGUACACCUCCUGCCAUGACGCGGUGAGGGGCCACGCCGGCCCACGUGCAGCGCCCCCCAGCCCCCAGCCUUUGUCCUCGGUCUACGAGACCCCCUUCUAUGUGGCAGUGGACCACGACAAGAAGAAGGUGGUGAUCAGUAUCCGGGGAACCCUUUCCCCCAAGGAUGCCCUGACAGACCUGACCGGUGACGCCGAGCGCCUCCCCGUGGAGGGGCACCAUGGCACCUGGCUGGGGCACAAGGGAAUGGUCCUCUCGGCUGAGUACAUCAAGAAGAAGCUGGAGCAGGAGAUGGUCCUGUCCCAGGCCUUUGGGCGAGACCUGGGCCGAGGAACGAAACACUAUGGCCUGAUUGUGGUGGGCCACUCCCUGGGUGCAGGCACCGCGGCCAUCCUCUCCUUCCUGCUGCGCCCCCAGUACCCUACCCUCAAGUGCUUUGCCUACUCCCCACCAGGAGGCCUGCUGAGCGAGGACGCCAUGGAGUACUCCAAGGAAUUUGUGACGGCCGUGGUUCUGGGCAAAGAUCUUGUCCCCAGGAUCGGCCUCUCCCAGCUGGAAGGCUUCCGCAGACAGCUCCUAGACGUUCUACAGCGAAGCACCAAGCCCAAAUGGCGAAUUAUCGUGGGGGCCACCAAAUGUAUCCCCAAGUCGGAGCUGCCUGAGGAGGUCGAGGUGGCCACCCUCGCCAGCACACGGCUCUGGACCCACCCCAGCGACCUGACCAUCGCCCUGUCCGCCAGCACCCCUCUCUACCCACCCGGCCGCAUCAUCCACGUGGUCCACAACCACCCAGCAGAGCAGUGCUGCUGCUGUGAGCAGGAGGAGCCCACGUACUUUGCCAUCUGGGGCGACAACAAGGCCUUCAACGAAGUGAUCAUCUCGCCGGCCAUGCUGCAUGAGCACCUCCCCUAUGUGGUCAUGGAGGGGCUCAACAAGGUGCUGGAGAACUACAACAAGGGGAAGACGGCCCUGCUCUCCGCUGCUAAGGUCAUGGUGAGCCCCACUGAGGUGGACCUGACUCCCGAGCUCAUCUUCCAACAGCAGCCGCUGCCAACGGGGCCACCCGUGCCUGCUGGCCUUGCCCUGGAGCUGCCCGCCGCGGACCACCGAAAUAGCGUCAGGAGCAAGUGCCAGUCUGAGAUGAGCCUGGAGGGCUUUUCGGAGGGGCGGCUGCUGACGCCGGCGGCGGCGGCCCGCCAGGACCCCGUGGAGCUGCUGCUGCUGUCCACCCAGGAGCGGUUGGCGGCCGAGCUGCAGGCCCGGCGGGCGCCCCUGGCCACCAUGGAGAGCCUGUCCGACACCGAGUCCCUGUACAGCUUCGACUCGCGCCGCUCGUCGGGCUUCCGCAGCAUCCGCGGCUCGCCCAGCCUCCACGCCGUGCUGGAGCGGGACGAGGGCCACCUCUUCUACAUCGACCCCGCCAUCCCCGAGGAGAACCCGUCCCUGAGCUCGCGCACCGAGCUGCUGGGGGCCGACAGCCUGUCCAAGCACUCCCAGGACACGCAGCCCCUGGAGGCGGCCCUGGGCAGCGGGGGUGUCACCCCCGAGCGGCCCCCCAGUGCGGCGGCCACCGAGGACGAGGAGGAGGGUGGCGGCGGAGGCGGGGCGGCCCCCGGGGGGGAGCUGGCCCUGCACAACGGGCGCCUGGGGGACUCGCCCAGCCCUCAGGUGCUGGAGUUCGCGGAGUUCAUCGACAGCCUCUUCAACCUCGACAGUAAGAGCAGCUCCUUCCAGGACCUCUACUGCAUGGUGGUGCCCGAGAGCCCCACCAGCGACUAUGCCGAGGGCCCCAAGUCCCCCAGCCAGCAAGAGAUCCUGCUCCGCGCCCAGUUUGAGCCCAACCUGGUGCCCAAGCCCCCGAGGCUCUUCGCCGGCUCAGCGGACCCCUCCUCGGGCAUCUCGCUCUCGCCCUCCUUCCCGCUCAGCUCCUCGGGCGAGCUCAUGGACCUGACACCCACGGGUCUCAGCAGCCAGGAGUGCCUGGCAGUGGACAAGAUCCGGACUUCUACCCCCACCGGCCACGGGGCCAGCCCCACCAAGCAGGACGACCUGGUCAUCUCGGCGCGCUAGCACCCCAGCAGUGAUUGCUGGCUGAGGCCCGGGCGGGGGGGAGGGGGGAGCAGGUGGCCCCUCGGGCUCCUGGUGGCUGCCCCCAGGGCCAGGCCGCUUUGAGGAGAGCCCCCCCCAGGGGCCAGUUUAGCCUCAGGCAUGGGGCACUGCUGCUGAGCUGGGGGUCCGCAGCCCUACCUCAGCUUAGGGCCACCGGGCGGGCCGGGAUCCAGGUCCUCUAGAUGGGGGAGGAGUGUGGAGCAGGGAGGAGCCUGGGGCAGCCUGUCAGGUGGGCAGGGCAGCACUCCGCCUUCUCAGCCUCACUGUGCCCCACAGGACGGGCUGUGGGCCUGGCGACUCCCCAUCACUGCCCUCCGGCUGCUCUCCUGGGGCCGAGAUGGAGAGCAGCUCUCUCCCCACAUACUCACAUCUGUGGUCCAGGCUGGCAUCUGCCCUGGCCACCCCCCAGAUCUGGUGCCUGCUGGCCAGCCCCCUGGGGUGACCCCACACCAAGAUGGCCCGCAGUGCUGUGUAUGUUUACAGAUGCUGCUGGGCUGGGCUCAGGAUGUUUCCUGGGCUUGCAAGCACCCCCCCACACACCCUGCCCUAUCAUGGGUUCCGAGCAGGGAGGGGAGGGGGCCCGUCUCCACAGAGCCCAAGGCAGCCACGGGGCCUGGAGGGGGCCUGGAGGGGCCUGGAGGAGAGUGGGGUCGAGACUACCCCUUCUCUGCUUGGUGCCCCUCAUGGUGAUCCCUCUGGCAACUGGCCCGAGGCACCUUGGCCUGCCCCAUCUGCCCAUUACUUCCCGGCUUGCCUUCUACCCCCAGGGAUCCUGGCCACUCAAAGGGCAGAAGUCACAGGUGUGACCACCCCUGGCUGCAGGGUCAGUGCCCUGGGAAGAAGGAGGACACCCAAAUCCCCCUUCCUUUGAGGGCCCCAUGUAACCCCUUUAUAUCACCUCGCCCCCACGCCUAGGCAGCCUCAGGCCCUGGGAUCUGAAACCAAACACGCCUCUGCUCCUCUCAGCUCCCCCUCCUCACUGGCCUGAGCUCUGUCCUAGCAGCAGGGCUUUCUUCCUCCCACCCCCCAUCCUCAACGUCCUGUUGGCAGGAAGUGGAGCCAAGAGUGGUGUAUUGUGGAACCUGGCUAAAAGGGGAGCAGGAGGGCCAGGGGCUCUGGGGCCUUCCCCGUUUAGCUGGAGGCCUCCAGAGCCCACGCUUGAGGGGUUCCUUCCCUGCUGGGUUGGGGAAGCGAGGGGGAGUCGGAGAACGCCCCCCCGCCCCCGCCCCGGGGAAGCUGGCUGGGGAAGGUUGUGCAUGCUGGCGUGGGGCGAGUCUGUGCAUGUGCAUGAGUGUGUGCCGCUCCUGAGGAAGGGGCUGCUGGGGCUCGCACCCCACCCGACCUGCCCUGCCUGCUUGCUGCCCCUCCCAGCCCGCGAGAAACUAGACUAGGAGGGGGGCCUGUGCAGCGGGGGUGCAUAGGACGAGCUCAGUUUCAGAUGUCGCCGUCCCCCGUGUCCUUCCUGUUGCUCUGACCCCAGGUCUGGAAAACUGGUGUGUGCCCAGGCGCUGAUCGCCCGCUUGUGCCUUCGUCUUGGAGGCAGACCCCCCCAUGCUGGCCCUUCCACGGCCUCUCCGGGGCUGCUAGACUCCCCUGACCAAGAAAUCCCCCCCCCCCCAAUCUCAUGAUCACUGGUACCUGGGGCCUGUGUCCUGACCUCCGGCCCACACAGGGACUGGCCCGGCUGCUGCUCUGGGACCCCCGCCCACCCUGACAGAUGGAGACAGAGAGCGGGGAGCUGGGCCUCCCUCCCUCUCUGACACCCACCCCCCCAACAAGACUCCAGGAUGCCCCUGCUGAGGGGCCCGCUGCUGGCAGAGCCUGGGCCCAGCAGAAGCAAGAUGGAAUCAGCGGCUCUUAGAGUUUAAAAAAACAAAUCGUAAAUCAGAGUAAAGUUCCAACAAGCACCUCAGCCAAUUGCUGGGCGAGACUUGGUGUCUGGCCUUUUAAUUCUUCCUCUGCCAGGGUGGGCCCUGGGACCUCUAAGGGGGCGUGAUACCCACCCAUGCCCAGGACUGAGCCAUCAGGGACAGACUCCCCACCCCCAAGGCUGCAGCCGCACAGGGUUACAGACUUGGGGCUGGGGUAGGCUCGGACUCAGCCCUGGAUGCCCCAGGGUCAGCCCGCCCCGAACCCGCCCCUGCCCCCCAUAUCCCUGAAGGAAUGGGCCUGCUGCGCAUCUCUCCCUUCCUCCCCACACCACACUUUGGGGGGUCUGAGCCACCCCCCUCAGCCCAGCUAGGCUCAGACCCACCCCCACUCGCUCCCCCAGACCGCAGCACAAACUCUCCCAGCCGUGAGCUGGCCUGUUCCCCCAGGGGCCCGGGUGACCCCCAUAUGCAAACAGUAGCGAGCAGCUGGGCCCCAGAGACACUCAUGCACUGUCCGUGCCAUUCGCCCACGACUUUUUGUACUUACUGUAUGAAAGAUCCAAACUAAUAUUGCUGUAAAAAGGAGAGACAAAUUAAUAUAGCUUAUUCUAUAAAUAUAUCUGUAUAUAAAGGUUUCUGUAUAUUGUAUAGAGCUGUGUAUAAACUGGAUGUAGAAG